CACCCUUAGAACCGUACUUGAUUUGAUUUAACUAGGAAAUAUCUAAAAUGCCAAACACCUCGCAGGUUAUCACAUGCAAAGCUGCGAUAUGCUGGGGUGCAGGAAAACCUGUGACGGUGGAAGAGAUACAAGUAGACCCACCAAAAGCAACAGAAGUUCGAGUUAAGAUGCUUUGUGCUAGUAUAUGCCACACAGACAUCUCAAGCAUUCAAGGAUUCCCAUAUACCAAGUAUCCUCUAGCACUUGGACACGAAGGAAUUGGUGUUGUAGAGAGUGUUGGUGAUGAAGUGAGAAAUCUGAAAGAAGGGGAUACGGUAAUUCCAACAUACAUAGGGGAGUGUGAAGAAUGUGAGAAUUGUAUUUCAGGAAAAACGAAUUUGUGUCUCAAAUACCCUUUAAGAUUCACAGGUCUAUUGCCAGAUAACACUUCAAGAAUGUCCAUCAGAGGGCAGAGGCUGCACCAUGUUUUAAGUUGUGCUACAUGGUCAGAGUACAUGGUGAGUGAUGUCAACUACACUCUCAAAGUUGAUCCAACCAUUGAUCCAGUCCAUGGAAGCUUCAUCUCAUGUGGGUUUUCAACUGGUUUUGGAGCUGCUUGGAAGGAAGCCAAGGUUGAAAGUGGAACCAGUGUAGCUGUUUUUGGUCUUGGAGCUGUUGGAUUAGGGGCUAUAAGUGGAGCCAAAAUGCAGGGGGCAACUAAGAUAAUUGGAAUUGAUAAAAAUGAGAUGAAGAGAGAAAAGGGAGAGGCUUUUGGAAUGUCUGACUUCAUAAAUCCUGAUGAUUCUACCAAGUCUGUUUCAGAAUUAGUUAAGGAACUAAGUGGUGGGAUGGGUGUGGAUUAUUCCUUUGAGUGCACUGGAGUUGCUCCUUUACUUACUGAAUCUUUGGAAGCCACAAAAGUGGGAACAGGCAAAACAAUAGCAAUUGGUGCAGGAACUGAACCUAUUAUCCCGUUUGGUCUUGUAAGCAUUAUCUAUGGUAGAACUCUGAAAGGUUCUGUUUUCGGGGGUUUAAAACCCAUAUCAGACCUCUCCAUCAUGGCUAACAAAUGCCAGAAAGAGGAAUUCCCUCUUCAAGAACUAUCCACCCAUGAGGUCUCAUUGAUGGAUAUAAACAAAGCGUUUGAGAUGUUGAAACAGCCCAAUUGUGUGAAGGUUGUCAUCAAAAUGUCACAUUGAGAACUGUUUUGAGAUCAAAGGAAACCUUCAAUAAAGAUUCACCUAGGAGUUUAAUUAGAGAAUAUAUAAGUGGUUGCCAUAUAUGCUCACCCAAAGAGUCAAUUCAUGUUUAAGAUUUUUAAAAGAUUAACACUUUAUCAUUUAUUUUGAACGAUCAAUUUAAGUAAUUAUUAAAUA